AUGACACUAUUAUAUUUAGGUAACAAUGUCAUCGAAAUGGUCACUAAGACGGAGUCUUAUCCAGAUCCAGAUGAAGACAAAGACGAGGCAGCUGUAACUACGGAAAAUUUGGAAAUGAUAAGAAAGUCAACAAUUGAUGAAGUUACAACACCGCCGGCGGAGACUAGCCAGCAAAUUAUCAAAAUGGUGAAAAAGUCAUCAAUUGACGAAGAGACCAGGCAAAUAAAUAGUGAGUGUAGCACGCCUGAACUAAAUGCAGAAGCAGAGGUAAUCAUGGAACUCUAUCCAGUAGAAUCCAUAACGGAUGUUAUGUAUCAAAAUAUAAAAAUUCUGGCCACUGGGACUGAACAAGGAGCUUGUCUAACUGAUUCCAUAGAACUUCUUGAAGACGCUUUAGCAAUAACUACUGCAGAAGAGGAGCAGUUGUUGCUGGAAAGCAUUGUAGAUUCUGAAAUCGAUGGAAAUAAAAAUCAGGACAUAUCAAGCAAUGAUCAUACAAAUCCUUUAGAGAUACAAUCAGCUGAAAAGGAGCUAAGUAACGCUAGUGACUUAGACGACCCCGUUUACGAACCAAACGAAGAAAGUGACACCCUUAGCAACAACGAAACAAAUGAAGAAGAGAUGGACAACGAAACAAAUAAUGAAGAAGAGAUGGACAACGAAACAAAUAAUGAAGAAGAGAUGGAUAAUAAUCAAAACAAUAAAGGUAGAAAGCGAAAAAGAAACCAUAAAGCAUGGAAAAAAAACAUAAGGAAAAAGGAAAGAGCUGCUGGCCAUGAGUAUUUGUCCAGCAAGAAUAAAAUUAUUCCAAAAAAGGUAAUGAAGGAAACCUGUCAGGAUGGUUGCCGAAAAAAGUGCACACAAAAGAUAACAACUGAUGAGCGUUUAUCUAUCCAUACUCAGUUUUACAAUAAAGACUUAGACAUCAACCAAAAGAGGCAGUUUAUUGCAAGCUGCAUAGAAGAGGUUCCAGUUGAACGUGUUCGCGUUAGAACAGGCUCGCGUAUCGGAAAAAGAAAAUCUACUCUUAACUACUUUUUUACGGUAAAUAAUAAGAAGGUUAAUGUUUGUCGUACUUACUUCUUAAAUACUCUUAAUUUAUCCCAAACAUCUGUUAGAUUUGCAUUAAAAAAACGACAGUCAGGCGGACUCGUAACGGUCGACCAAAGAGGGAAGCACGAACCAUCGAAUAAAAUUGGAGUCAACGAGAGAAAUAUGAUAAAAGAACAUAUCAGCAAAUUUCCUUGUAUCGAAUCGCAUUACUCAAGGAACAAAACUCAAAAAAAGUACUUAGGAAGUCACCUUAAUAUUUCCAAAAUGUACGAGCUGUUUUUUGAAGAAUGUAGAAACCAAAUUCCUCGGGAAGAAAUACCUAAAAAAUGGCUUUAUGCUGACAUUUUUAACACUGAAUUUAAUUUGUCUUUCAAGGAACCAAACAAUGAUACAUGUGAUGCCUGUGAUGAAUUUAUUAUAAAACUAAAAGAAAAUUUGCCUAAUGAAACGCGUAUUGACACUCAGAAUGAAUAUGAUGCACACCUGUCAGAUGCAGACAAUCGAUACCAACUGAAGAAGCAAGAUAAGGAAGCAUCAAAAAAUUACAACCCUAGCUCUGUCAUCGAAAAUGGAUCAACAAAAAUCUACUGGGACACGCUGAUCGUAACUGAUAAGCAAAUCCUUCACAACAAACCAGACAUUCUUUACAUUAAGAAAACAGGGACAUAUGCAUUUGUUAUUAACUUUGCAGUACCAGCAGACAGCAACAUAAUAAAUUCCUACACAGCGAAAGUCACCAAGUACCAAGAUUUGUUACACGAAUUGAAAAGAAUCUACGAUCUCAAGAAAAUCGAAGUCUUGCCGUUCAUAAUUUCUGCCACAAGUUUAGUAGAAAGACGACUUGUUAAAAAUCUAGAAAAACUUGACCUGGGCAGAGAACUGGCCGGACUAAUGCAAAGACCGGUGGAGCUUGGAACAUGUCAUAUAGUGCGGCGUUAUGUGCUGCACGAGACGUAA